UACUUUGUUAAAUUUCAUAAUCUCUGCAAAGUACCGAUCACUGUCAAAACGGCCGGCCUCCUCCAUUUGCCGGCCUCCGCCGGCGACGCACGCUCCUCGCAAAGUCAAAUGCAUGGCCGCGUAUAAAUAUCCAUUCCAUCGUUACCGUCUCCGGCAGCGGAUUGCACCAUUGGUUAACCAGUAAUUAAGGAGGCGAGAUGAGGCAGGCGAGGCCCUACUCGGCGAUGUUCGCCGGCGGCGUGUCGGCGCGGACUGGGCCGCACGCGCUGCCGCUGGCUCGCAUCAAGAAGAUCAUGAAGCGGUCGGCGGGGGACAGCAGCGUCGUCGACGGCGGCGGCGGCGGCGGCGGCGGGGCGAGGAUGAUCUCCGGGGAGGCGCCGGUGGUGUUCUCCAAGGCGUGCGAGCUGUUCAUCGCCGAGCUGACGCGCCGCGCCUGGGCCGCCACGCUCGAGGGCAAGCGCCGGACUGUGCACAAGGAGGACGUCGCCGCCGCCGUGCAGAACACCGAUCUCUUCGACUUCCUCGUCGACGUCGUCACGGCAGACCUCGGCGACGAUCAUACGGACUAUAAGUAAAUCGAUAUGAUUUAUUACACAUUUACAGUAAGCUAGCUAUGUUUGCCGAAUAUUGCAACACAAAUCUGUGUCAAAGUCCACUUGUCCAUGGGCCAUGUCCAACUGUGUCAUUUUCAAA